CUCAAUGCCUUUGUACCUAUAGCCUAUAGGUGAUUAUUACAAAAUACAAUUUUAGUAUUUAGUACUAUUUACUCUAUUCAUAAACUACUCGUUAGUGUUAGAACUUGGUUUUAUUAUUCAGUUUGGGCUCUACAUUUAACUUAAUUGUAAAUAUUUACUGACAAAAAGUUCAAUAAAAUCGAUACAAAAUGAUGACCCUAAUAAAUCGGAUACUUGAUUGGAUUAAGAGUAAAUUUUGGACUGAAGAAAUGGAACUCACCCUCGUUGGACUACAAUGUUCUGGCAAAACUACAUUUGUUCAUGUAAUUGCAUCUGGUCAAUUUAAUCAAGAUAUGAUACCAACAGUUGGUUUCAAUAUGCGAAAAGUGACAAAAAAUAAUGUCACUAUUAAAAUAUGGGAUAUUGGUGGUCAGCCACGUUUCCGAUCUAUGUGGGAGAGGUAUUGCCGAGGAGUUAAUGCUAUUGUUUAUAUGGUAGAUGCAGCCGACACUGAUAAAUUAGAAGCUUCAAGAAAUGAACUUCAUAAUUUAAUAGAUAAACCACAAUUAGCUGGUAUACCUGUCUUAGUUUUGGGUAACAAGAGAGAUUUACCAAAUGCUCUAGAUGAAGUUGAACUGAUUGACAGGAUGAAUUUAAAUGCCAUUCAAGAUCGAGAAAUUUGUUGCUAUUCGAUAUCUUGCAAAGAACAAGAAAACAUUGAUAUUACUUUGCAAUGGUUGAUUAGCCAUUCAAAAUCUAAUCGUCAGUCAUCAACGUAAAAUUACCAUUGGAAAAUUUCAUAUCUAGCACUGAAUUGUGCUAAAAAUAUUGAAUCUUUUCUAGAUUUAAUUUUUUGUUUAAGGCUGAUCCACCUUUUUUAAUUUCUUUUACCCAAUAUAGAUAAAUUAAUGCCGUUUUUAUCAAUGCACUCAUGGUUAUAAUACAGCAACUAAGUAUAGAAGUUAUAAUAUUACUAUAGAAAAUCAUAUUUUUGGAUCAAACCUCAGUUUAUAUGUCAUACUGUUUAUAUUAAUUUUUAUGGUUUUUAUUACUUUUUUCAGCAUUUAUAACAUAUUGUAUGGUUUUGUUGUAAAACAAAUAAAAAUUUUUUUAUGUAAGUUAUAAUUUUAUCAUUCAAAAUUUAUACAUUUAUAUUAUUAUUUUAUUAUUAUUUAAAUUAUUAUAUUUAUAUAUAUUAUGUAUUAUUCUAUUAAUCAGAAGUAUAUUGCUUCUCAGAAUAUUAAUAAUUUAUUCAACUAUUUUAUACCUGAAGCUGACUAUUGUUACAUGGGUUUAUUUUUUUUUCUGUAAAUAUUUAGUUACUUAGGCAUUAAGUCUAUUAUUGUAACAUAGUAUUAAAAUUAUUUCUGUAAUACCUAAUUUUAAUAUCUUAUUCUCAUUUUUUUCUUUCCAACCUAUAGUAUUCAAAAAUUAUAUUGAACUUGAAUUAUAACAUUGAAUUAUUAUAUUGUGUCUAUAAUAUUUAUUUACCUAUAAUUUAUAAACUGUAGGAACAGUCUGUAAUUGUAAUUGUACGUUAAAUGUAAUUAGUUACAGUUAUUUUUGAUUUUUGUUUUAUUUAUUAAUUCUCUUUAAACAGUAGUUAUUAAAAAACAAAGAACUGAUUUUAACAAGAAAUGAAUAUUUAAAUAUCAUUAUGUGGCAUUUGUUUUCAUUAACUUAUUUGAAUAAUUUGUAUUUGAAUAAUAUUUUUUUUUAUUCAUUGGAUUUAAAUUUUAAAUGGCAUAAUUAUUGUUAUGGUGAUUUUACUGGAAUGUAGUAGGUAAAAAAUUGUUUUAAGAUCAUUUUAACCUUUUUUGUCUAAAACUCUAAACCCAUUUGUUAUCUAUUUUAAAAACAUUAAUUUAUUAACAUAGGUGCAAUAAGCUGCCAUGUACACUGGGGCUCAUGCACCCGUUGAAAUUGUCGAGGGAUGCAAGGCAAUGAAAUAUCAAAGAUUAAAUUAUUAUAUUAUUAUUA